AGCUGGUGUGCUUGAUCUCGGACAGCUCCUGAUAGAAGCACACGGACGCGAUCACGGUCCCAGCCACGAAGCCCAGAGGCGCCGCCUGACGCUGCGCCCCGCCCCCUGCUGCAGUCUGAGCGCGGGAAGCGCGUGUGCUGCGAUUAAACCCUGAUCGGAAUGAGCGAGUCCGCGAGUAAAGUGCGCUCUCUGAGCGACGAGCAGAUCAUCAACCGCUGGGGCUUCGACUACUACGUGUUCAAGGCGUUGAGCGCCUUCAGAGACGCGGACUACACGGCCUUCACGCACUUCACCAGCAUCAUCGAGAAUCUGGUGGUCAGACCCGUCGACGGACACAGCGACAUGAUCGUCAAGCUGCGCUGCAUGCAGUUCCUGUCCCGGAUCAACAACGGGGACAAGCUCGAUCUGACGUUUGAGGAGCCCAAGACCCCUCUGGAGUCGGCUCUGAGCGUGCUGGAGAGCAUCUGCCGGGACAUGAGCGUCCCCCCGCGGGAGCAGGAGUGCGUCAAGCAGGCCAUCAUCGAGACGCUGGUCAUGGUGUGCCUGCGCGGCGGGGAGUUCGCCAGGGCCGAGGAGGUGCUGCUGAGACACUUCAGCGACGCCGCAGACUUGGCCGGGAAGAAGAAGCUGUUCGAGAGCCUGAUCCGGCGCCGGCGCUCCUCUCACUCAGUGCUGCAGCUCAGCUCCUACGCCGACUUCAAGCAGGACAUGCUGGACUUCAUCGAGCGGCUGUACCGCGUCCCCGAGCCCUUCCUCCUGCAGAUGCUGAAGCGCUCUGGACACCCCGGCGUCAGCUCUGAGCCUGUCACCUCAUCCUCACAGGACAGACAGAAGACCAGCGCCGCCGCAGAGGAUCAUGGCAGUGUGUCUGCGCGUCUGAGUCUGCGCAGUCUGCGGCAGGUGUACGGCGUGCUGAGCGAGCGCUACGGCGUCAGCGUCUCCUUCACGCAGCUGCAGCAGGAGCUGGAGCAGGAGGAGGAGGAGCAGGAGCAGGAGGAGGAGGAGAGCCCCGAGCUGCACCUGGCCCUGACCGAGACGCAGCCGGAGACAGCAUACGCCGGCAUGACUAUCUCACGCCUGGUGCAGGAGGACGACAGCCAGCUCAGCGCUGAGGAGGAGGAGGAGACGCAGAUCAGGAUCGUCGUUCCCAGCGGCCCAGACUCGGACGAUCCUGAGGUCCAGACGCCUGUCAGACGCUCAGACACACAGAACAGUGAGUGUUCAUCAGCUCAGAUCUGCACUCCUGCUCGUCACACACAGAAACACAACAGGAUCGUUCUGUCCAGUGAUGUGGAGUCUGAGGGUCCCGCCGCAUCUCCUCCAGCCAGCAGAUGCUCAUCCAGACACAAACAGCAGCAGAAGAAGAGCCAUCACAGUGAGUCUGAGUGUGUGAUGAUGGAGGUGCGGUGUUCCUCAGCUCAGGUCUCCUCUCCCGCUCGUCCCAGCAGCAGCAGCAGCUCUCCGGCCGUCAGACGCUCAGACAGAGACACACAGAGGCAGAGCAGGAUCCUUCUGUCCGGUGAUGUGGAGUCUGAGGAUCACGCCGCGUCUCCUCCAGCCAGCAGACGCUCAUCCAGACACAAACAGCAGCAGAAGAAGAGCGAUCUCAGUGUGGGUGAAUCCGCUCCGGUCUCGACUCCUGCUCGUCCCAGCAGCCCUGCAUCCGUCACACGCUCAGACAGAGACACACAGAACCAGAGCAGUGAGAUGGAGGUGGAGGAUGGAGGUUCAUCCGUCCAGCACUCGACUCCUGCUCGUCCUAGCGCUACAGACGCACCGAGGCAGAACAGGAGUGUGACUGUGUCCAGCGAGUCUGAGGAUCACAGUUUGUCUCCUGCAGCGCAGACGCCCCGCCGCCGCAGCUCUCCGUCCUCUGGAGGAGCUCACAGGAGGAGGAGGGCCAGAUGGCAGGACGUGUCCGGGACGCACGAGAACUGGAGCGACGAGGAGUCACUGUUCAGCGCCACUUCAGAUCGGUCCAGUAAGAAGUACAGCAGGAAGAUGUGGACAGUGCAGGAGUCGGAGUGGCUGAAGGAGGGAGUGCAGCGCUUCGGCGUGGGACACUGGGAGAAGAUCCGCUCUGCCUUCCCCUUCACCGGACGCACCGCCGUCAACCUGAAGGACCGCUGGAGGACCAUGCUCAAGCUCAGGCUGGUGUGACCCACACGUGUUUUAUCAUGUUUUAUACUCAUGUUCCUGUUUUAAAACCAUGUGUUCAGCUUGUGUUCCUUAUUAAACGUUUGUUCUGUU